AUGGCUCAGAAGAUUCGAUCAAGACAAUACUCUCGUCUACUGGAGGUCUUUUUAUCAUCCAAAUUUGGAUUGAGGCUGAUUAAACAAAAGAAAACUUUGUUCAUUGAUGGUGGAAAUCACUCUCAUGUGGCUGUUUUGGCGGUAAUUUCACGUUCAAGCACAGAAGAGAACAGACACAUAACCGACCGAGUCAGCUUAAUGCUGUCCAAAGGGGAUAUCAGAAGCAUUGUGGACCCGAGGCUAGGAGAUAUGUUCAACGCCGGCUUGGCCUGGAAGAUCAGCGAAGUAGCAUUGGCUUAUGCAUCUCAGACUUCAGAGACAAGACUGACAAUGAGUCAGGUGGUGUUUGAACUAAAGGAGAGUCUCUGCAGAGCAAGAACCAGUGGUGGUUCCAGUGAAGUUACUCUCAGAGAUCCAACAAAGAUGAUGGUAUCAAUGAUUAAGGACCCGGGAGUGGUUCCUCAUCCGAAGUAG